UAUAAAAAGCCCUGAUGGCAGAUGGAGCUAAGUGCAGUCGAUUUUUGGAUUAAUCAGCGUAAUCAUCUACCUAGCAGCAGCAAUCAUGAAGUACCUGGCCCUGACCAUCUUCGUGUGCCUUAUGGCCAUCGCCCUCAUUUCCGCCGUGCCCGUGGAUGAGUCCUUGAUCGGCGACAAUAUCUACCAGCCUGCCUUCGACGACGUCCAGCGUCCCCAGGAUCCGCAGGCCAUCUUCAAGCUGAAGAAGCUGCUCAAGCUGAAGAAGCUCCUGGGCUAGGAGGCAUUCGCAGGCAGUGUGCCCAGCACCGUUCAGAUUCUAGUCCAGCCAAUUGGGAACCUUGCCUUCCCACUGCAUUCGAUUUUCAGCCCGUUUUGUUUAGGCAAUACCAUAAGCACAAACACACACAAAAGCACAUACAUGCGAGUAAAGUAUACGUAAUCGUAACUAAAAUAAAUGUAAUUUUCAC